UAACAGACAGAGAGCAGGAGAAAGAGGAGGACGGGCAGUGAACUGAACUGAGGACAAAAAAAGAAGAAGACGUAGAGGAUGAAAGAAGCUCAAAGAGUAGAAAACAAUAGAGAGAUCUAAACAAAAAGGACAGGUCAGCAAAAACAUUCCACCUGAAGAGGCAGCUGUUAAGAUAUAAAGUAAAAGUUUUCUGAGGACCCUCAACAACAAAAGGACAAACAACUUACAGCUCAGAGAAAGGCAGCUUUCCUCCUGGAGGAGAAGGCUCAAGAGUUUAAGACAAAGGUCAGGACGAGCCUGCAUUAUUGCACUUUCCCAUGAUUCCCCUCGGUUCUCUCAGUUUCCUUUCUCUGCUGUCACUGUAUGCGGGAGCACUGCUGUCCUCCGAUGCAUCUCCAGCCUGCACGCAUCCUCCCUGCAGGGACAGUCUGGUGGCUGCUCCCAUCCAGCCUGGGACGGGAGCAGGAGCGGGUACCGGGGCCUGCGAGGGUCAAACCGGGACAACUGCCUGCAGGAUGGGGCUUUCACUUCCAGCAAUCUCAGAUGCUCCUCGGAAGGUGGAGCACAGGCACGACAUCACCCAGGUUCAGCCAAAGACUGGAGGUGUCAAAGAGCGUCUUGUUCAGCUGCAGCGCUGCAUGCGCUCUGUCCAGGAAACAGGGGGCCCCUGGAGUCACGGGGGCCAGGAGAGCAACUCCCUAGGGGCCAUCCUGGCACUAAUGGCAGCUGUGUUGACAGAGUGUGACCUCCACUGUCACAGCCAGGCCCUUGGGGCGAUGGCCAAACGACUGGAGAGUGCAGCUGUGGGAAGAGAGGGGGAGAAAGACCUGCUGCUUUUCCUAAAGAGCAUCACACAACAUCCACCCACAGUUGCCCCCUUGGAGAGGUUGCAUCCUCAGGACUGUGCCGAGAUUUACAGGCUCGGGAUCAAAGAGAAUGGAAUCUACACCAUCCAGCCUGACCUGCACCGGCCGGCUUUGGAGGCUAAAUGUGACAUGGAGACGGCGGGUGGUGGCUGGACAGUGAUCCAGAAUCGGUGGGACGGCUCGCUGGACUUCAACAGGACAUGGCAGGAAUACCAGGAGGGCUUUGGCAGUCCGCAGGGAGAGCAUUGGCUGGGGAACGUGGCGCUGCACGCCCUCACCGCCACUGGCCAACACCAACUCCGCAUCGAGCUGGAGGACUGGCACCAGCAGAAGCGCCAAGCUACCUACAACAACUUCAAAGUGGCCUCAGAGGCACAGAGGUAUCGUCUAACAGCACGAGAGUACUCUGGUGAUGCAGGCAAUGCAUUGAGCUACAGCAAACGUUACAACCACGACGGCAGAUCCUUUAGCACAGCUGACCGAGACCACGACCGUUAUGCAGCUGGAAACUGUGGUCAUUACUACGGUGCAGGUUGGUGGUUCGAUGCCUGUCUGGCAGCUAAUCUGAAUGGACGGUAUUACCGUGGGCGCUACAGUGGAGUGACCAAUGGGAUCUACUGGGGGACAUGGUACAUCCUGACAGACGGGCGGACUGGAGAACGCUAUUCCUUCAAGAGGGUGGAGAUGAAGACGAGACCCAGGAACUUUGUAGGAACAUCAUAAAGAUGUUGACAAUUCUCACAGAUAAUCGUGUGAACCACAGAUUUGUUUUAGUCACUGUGUGGACAUCACUUUUCUUAGAGCAGCUUUCAUAUCAUUUAUCAGUUACAUGCAGAUGGCAGCUAAUAGAUUAAAGAAAUAAAUAUACAAAAAUUAAUGUUUUAACAUCCACUAGCAGACUGUUUGAAGCCACACUCCAUAUUACAAUAUUCUUUUGUUUAUCGAGCUCCUUCACUACGAUGGCAGAGAUGUUUCACACAAACUGCAUGUCCAAAUGCUUUGCAAAUUCAACAAAUACAAGUGCAUGAAAGGAAAACAUAAAUACGAGAGCCAUUAACUGGAAAUGAUGCACAACAGUUUCAUUUCUGUCGAGCAACACUUAUACAAAGUGUUGACAUAUAUGCAAUAAAUCAGCCUUAAUAUCGUGAUGCCUCCACACACAGGUACAGAUUAGGUGACAUCUCCAUGACUGACGUUAGCUAAAUGACGUAAUGCUAAUGUUACUGCAUAACGGCCAGUUAACAUCUGUUGACGCUCACUUCAAUGUGGCUUUUGCAUUGGUGUUGUCAGCUAAGGCUACAGUUGGUAACUUUUAUAAAAACUAACUUUUUGUCAUAUUUGCAAAUGAGACAGAUGAUCCAUGAAAAAAAAUCAUAUUACUCUGCAUUCUUGUAGUCCUUAUAAUGGCAUUACAGUACGCUAUGCUAGCAGCUGUCAAUCACUGCCUAUGAGCGGCAGGCAAACUGUCAAACUAGGCAGCGCUUAUCAACAUUCUGUUGCUGCAUUGCUUAUUUCUCAUCUCAAAUGUUUUCAUAAACAUAUUUUACUGUACUGUUUAGCUGUAAAAUGAGAAAGUUGGGGGCAGCUGGGUCACACACCUUCUCAUUUUACAGCUAAACAGUACACUAAAAUAUGUUUCUGAGAACAUUUGAGAUGAGAAAUAAGCAAUGCAGCAACAGAAUGUUGAUUCAUGUUUGAUCAGUGCUGCCUUGUUUGACCUCAGUUCAUGUGCAGUGAUUGACAUGGGCUGUCUUAGAGACUCCUUGGCUUUGAUUGGUUGUUUUUGGCGUGCUGCGGAAGAUUCUAGGCAAUGCCAUUAGAAGGUAUAUGAUUUUUUUUUCACAGCCUAUUUGUCUGUUUUAAUCCUUUGUGGAUAUAGUGACAGUUUCUGCAAAUAUGAAAAAAAAUGAUAAAGUUAUCAACUACAGCUGUAAUGUGUUUGUGUUUUCUAAAUAUGCAAAGCAUUUUGGGUAUGCAGUUCCUUUAUCGAAAAUACUGCUUGUAGAAGUUACUGUUGUAAUACAGUUCCUAAGUCUUUAUUGUACAUUAAAAAUAACACUCUGUGGUACUUUAUUUAAUCACUAGGAUGCCUGGUGAGGCAUGUGUCUAAUUGCAAUCAGGAUGAUUUUGUUGUGAUGCCACACAUUCAACAGGAUGAAGAAGAAACUCAACCCAAACUGUUCGUCAAAGUGUUCCUGCAAGAUUGUAUGAAUUAACACUGGGAGUCUGUAUGUGCCCUACCUGCUGAAGCUUCAUGAGCCAUUAAAAUACAGUCUGCAACAGCUCACGUGUUUUAGGUCAGGUUAUGUCACGAGAGACAAUGUCAAACUCUCUGAGGCUAAGAGGCCAUUAUGAUCCUGCAGGAUGCUCUAACCAUUGGGUGAUCACAAAUCCUCAAAUUCAGACUCCAUCACCAUGUCGUUCAUGCGACAGAGAGCUGAUAGGAAUUUUUAAAACCCAUCUGUGUUUACUCACAGGCCCCUGAAUUCUGCCUUCAGCUGAGCCAAAUCGAAAUAAGUCAUGAUUUGACACUAAACAGAGAAAAGCCCAGUUCUGGAGAAGCCAUUUUUCUCACCUUACCUUGCUCAUACUUUCCCAGCCCUGAGCCUGACACACUGAUGCUGACCAUUAUGAGCUUUACCCUGUCAUCACACCACGAAACCGCCCUCCGCCCACCACUUUAAGUCAAACACACACAGAAACACACACCCAGCCUCACCUGCUUUUUGGAUUUGGCGUCAGGCGGGCGGCUCCCUCUCUGGCUGAGCUUCACAAAGGCUUUUCUGGGAGUUUAGAGUUGGUGUGUGACGUUCACAUGUGAUGCUUGUCUGUGUGUGGAGGUGAGUGUGUGUGUGUCUCACUGUGUGUGUACAUGGCUGCACCUAUUUUAGCAGCAUUCACAAUGAGCUGUCAGUCCCUCCAACAAGCAGGGUGUCUAAUAUUAACCAGUGAGGGGGCUCAGAGCACUCUGAUCUGAACACACACAGACUCACUGCAGGCAGACUGCAGACCAGUUACGGUAUUUCACAUACACUACUUAUACACACAGUGGGCAAUGUCGAACAAACACACACACACACACACACAGAAGACUCAGCGGUUCUCUCAGCAGAUAAGGAGGUGCAUGAUGUGCUUGACUUCAUUAAAACAAGUGCACAUUAGAAAUAAAAUGGCUUCAAUUUAAGACAGUUUAAUCAUGCUGCCUUAAUUAUUGUUAAGCAGCCACAAGCUCCUUUUCCUCUUCUCUCUCUCUUGCCCAUAAAUGUGCACACACAUAGACACACACACACACACACGCACACACACACACACACACACACACACACACACACACACGAUGUAAUCAAGAU